GAUAUGGGGAUAACAAUAGGGGGUGAAAUAGAGAGGGUGAAUGGGAAGGAGGUGAGUUACAGUGAGUUUGUGGAGAGGUACAUGGAGAAGAACCAGCCUGUGGUGCUGACUGGUCUCAUGGAGGAUUGGAGGGCUUGCAGAGAUUGGGUUCAAGAUGAUGGCAAGCCCAAUCUUCAGUUUUUCGCUACCCAUUUUGGGAAAUCCAAAGUUCAGGUUGCAGAUUGCGGUACGAGGGAAUUUACAGAUCAGAAGAGAUUGGAAAUGACUGUUGGAAUAUUUGUUGAGCAAUGGCCUGGGGAUUCUGAGGAGGAGGAGGAGGGUGGUAGUGCUCCGAGUCAGGCAGCUGGGAGCAAGAUGCUGCUGUAUUUGAAGGACUGGCAUUUUGUGAAGGAGUACCCAGAAUACACAGCAUACACAACUCCGAUGUUCUUUUGUGAUGAUUGGCUCAACAUGUACCUUGACAAUCAUCGUAUGCACAAUGACCCCGACAUUUACUCGGAAAACAAUGACAUAAGCUGCUCAGAUUAUCGAUUUGUUUACAUGGGAGCAAAAGGCACAUGGACUCCUCUUCAUGCUGAUGUUUUCAGGUCAUAUAGCUGGUCAGCAAAUGUAUGUGGAAAAAAACGGUGGCUUUUCCUGCCUCCUUCUCAAAGUCAUCUGGUGUUUGACAGGAAUAUGAAGAGCAGUGUAUAUAAUAUCCUUGAUGAUGUGAGUGAAACAAAGUUUCCUGGUUUUGCAAAGACUAUUUGGUUGGAGUGCACUCAAGAACAAAAUGACAUUAUCUUUGUGCCUAGCGGAUGGUAUCAUCAAGUCCAUAAUUUGGAAGAUACCAUAUCAAUAAACCACAACUGGUUCAAUGCUAAUAAUCUACGUUGGGUGUGGGAUUUGCUUUUGAGGGACUACAAUGAGUCUAAGGAGUACAUAGAAGACAUUAAGGAUAUAUGUGAUGAUUUUGAAGGUCUCUGCCAGCGCAACCUUGCCGCUAACACAGGCAUGAACUUUAAUGAUUUCUUGAUAUUCCUAGCACGUUUUUCCUUUGCAAACUUGAUUCGACUUCAGUAUGUCAGUAGGAAGAAUGGGAAUCAGACUCGGAACUUAUCCCCAAUAACUCAGCAUUUCACUUUCAACCUUGUAUCAAUUCAGAAAAUUGCGUCCAGGAUAAGCUCCUUGCAAGAUCCAGGAAGUCAUGGUUUUUGUUUGGAUUUUAGGGAAACCUUGAAAGAUCCUGGGUUCAUUAGACUUUGUGCAGUUUUGGGGAAAACAUAUGGGAUGAUACACGUGCGAGAAAACUGGAAUUUCGAUAUGGAGAAAGCUUGGAUAGAUGAUAUGAAGGACUUGGACGUUAUAGGAACUUGUAAUUCUCAGGUCUGUACUCCCAAAGAUCUUGUAACAUUUAUAGAGUAUGCUCUUGCAGAAAGCAAUGGCGGUUGAAUUGCAGAACAUUUUUAUUCAUCUGAUUGGCACCAGUAUUAACAGUUCCAUGAGAAGAGAUAUUCUACUGGUUCUCAAAUAUGUUGUAUACUGUAUAGUGGUGACCUUCUGUGGCGUUUGCCUGCCAUGAUGAUAACACCGCCUGAAGAACUGAUUCUUUGGCUUGUGAAGGAGAGAUUUCUGGUGUAAGAUCGCAUGAAUGGUGGUUAGGAAGCCCACAGUAUUUGAUUCUGAAGUUUACUGAUCCCCUAUUUGUCAUCAUGCUAACUCAAUGUAGUUGAACCACUGUAGGUGAAUCACUUGUAUGGUUCCUCUUUGGAAGGAAUCACUUGUCUAAACGUUAAAUAAAUCCAUAGGUAUUUUCAUCUAUGAACAGCUAUUUAUAUCUUAUUUACCAAAA